UCCACCUACGGCAGUGAUUCUCAGAUGACCAGCCUGCUUGACCAGAUGGACGUCUAUGUUCUGCCCGUCUUUAACAUCGAUGGCUAUGUGUACACUCACACCAACAACAGGAUGUGGAGGAAGACUCGCUCCAAAGGAUCUGGAUCAAGUUGCAUUGGAGCCGAUCCCAACAGGAACUUUGAUGCUGGAUGGUGCA